AUGAGAAGCGAGUCUGCGAUCCGCGCUGUUCGCUCGCAGUACCUGGGAGAACGCGGACAACCGAUCAAGCUCGCGACCAAGCCGAUCAGGGUUGUUCUCAGGGAGCAGCCGGGCAAGGAGGCGGAGGCUUGGGUCGCAGAGAGCGGCUUUGUGGUUCGCAGGGUCGGUCUGGAGACUGGCAAGACGAAGCAGAUCUAUCGAGGGCACAACGGUCCCGUCACUUCAGUCGCCUUCUAUACGACGACCGCCCCCGACAAGCGAGAGCUGCUCAUCAGCGGGUCGUGGGACAGAAGCUUUCGGGUAUGGGAUGUCCAGACCAAGACGCACUUGUCGACGACCGUCGGCCACAUCGACUUUGUCAAGACCCUGACCGUCAUUCCCUCGCUCAAGAUCCUCGUUACGGGCUCGUCUGACAAGGACAUCCGGAUAUGGGACCUCUCGCCCCUCGACUCGCUCGACAUCGCUUCUAUCACCUCUUCCGCACCACGACCAGAAGAAGAGAAGGACGAUGCGACACCUGCGCCCCAACAAACAGGCGCUGCACCUCCUCCCGCCGCCUCCCUUUGCCCGCUCUCUUGCCUCUUCGCGCUCAAGGCGCACACUCGGCCAAUCGAGCAACUCGUCUCGUACCCCCUGCUCGAGCCGCUGCCUGAGGGAGUCGAGGCGGACGAGGUGGACGUCGCGACUCGACGGAGAACGGGAAAAGUCGCGUUGCUGAGUGCGGACAGUAUGGGCGCAGUGAAGGUGUGGGAACUGUGGCGAGACGAGCGAGGAGAAAUCCAGGGCAAGUUGCGCUGCGAGGUGCGGCAUCACGAGUUGGGCAUCUACGACAUGCAGGUCGGGCCAGAAGGCGAGCUGUGGACUGCGUCUGCCGACAACUCGGUACUGCUCUCCCAGCUCUCGCUCACGUCCGCCUCCGAACCGCCAGUCCCGACCCUCCGCAUCCCUCACCCCGCGCAGACCCGCUCGCUCCUCCCCUUACCCCUCUCCAGCCUCGCCUACUCUCCCUCAGCAGCGUCUCACAUCCAUUACCUCCUCACCGGCUCAUCCGACGAACUGAUCCGCAUCUUCGACCUCUGCGACUCCUCCCUCGACCCCUCUCCCUCUCGCGAACAGAAGCGCGACUGGCGCGGAAUCGCACUCGACUUGUCCGCGACCCCAGAAGGGUACGUGAAGGAGAUUGAAGGCCACACGCACGAGAUCGUCCAGCUGUGCGCGUACUCGACUUUGAGCGGUGAAGCGUGGAUCUUGAGUGCGAGUUUGGACGGGACAUUGAGGAGGUGGAAGUGGCCGGAUGUGUUGAAGGAGAAGGUGGACAAGCUGGUGAUCGUGCCGGUCGAGGAAGAGGAGCUGAAGAAGGAGAGCCUGCUCACGGAGGAGGAGGAGCGCGAGUUGGCAGAGUUGAUGGGGGAGGACUAG